AUGGAUACUGCCGAAGGGCGCCGGUUUGAUAGACCUGGUAGAGGCACAAAUAACCGGUACUCAUCCGUGUUGGCCUCAGUUCGUGCUCUAGGAGAAGGGGACCGUGAAGAAUCGGUGCAGGCAACGGCGGCGACAACACCCAGCAAUGGCGAGAGAACCCUUCCACUCAACCAGCUGUCCCUGGGAGGACUUCACAACCCGGCGAGUACAACUGGGACGACUGGGGGCCGCCGGACGGGUCCUCGCCGCACGACGGUUCGCAGAGGCUCAAAUCAACAUCAGCUGCGGCCCAACUCUGCUCGCGCCACGCCAACAUCUAGACAGCAGCAGCAGCAGCAGCGGAACUCUGCUCGCGUCACCCCAACCACUGGACAGCAGCAGCAGCAGCAGCUGCAGAGCACCACUGGUCUGCCUACCUCACCGUAUGGGCAGCAGCAGCAGCAGCAGCAGCAGCAGCAGCAGCAGCAGCUGCGGAACUCUUCUCGUGCCACCCCAACCACCGGACAGCAGCAGCAGCAGCAGCAGCUGCAGACCACCACUGGUCUGCCUACCUCACCGUAUGGGCAGCAGCAGCAGCAGCAGCAGCAGCAGCAGCUGCGGAACUCUUCUCGUGCCACCCCAACCACCGGACAGCAGCAGCAGCAGCAGCAGCAGCAGCAGCUGCAGACCACCACUGGUCUGCCUACCUCACCGUAUGGGCAGCAGCAGCAGCAGCAGCAGCAGCAGCGGAACUCUCCUCGUGCCACGCCAACCACUGGACUGCAGCUGCAGCAGCUGCCCAACUCUCCUCGCCUCACCCCAACCAUUGGACAUCAGCAGCAGCAGCUGCCCAACUCUCCUCGCCUCACCCCAACCAUUGGACAUCAGGAGCAGCAGUUGCAGACCACCACGGGUCUGCAAACCUCGACUAAUGGACUGCAGGAGCAGCAGCAGCAGCCCGCCACGGAUCUGCAUGCCUCACCGUAUGGGCAGCAGCAGCAGCAGCCCGCCACGGAUCUGCAUGCCUCACCGUAUGGGCAGCAGCAGCAGCAGCAGCCCGCCACGGAUCUGCAUGCCUCACCGUAUGGGCAGCAGCAGCAGCAGCCCGCCACGGAUCUGCAUGCCUCACCGUAUGGGCAGCAGCAGCAGCAGCCCGCCACGGAUCUGCAUGCCUCACCGUAUGGGCAGCAGCAGCAGCAGCCCGCCACGGAUCUGCAUGCCUCACCGUAUGGGCAGCAGCAACAGCUGCCCGCGGAUGUGCCAUCUUCGCCGCAUGUGCAGCAGCAGCAACAGCAGCAGGCACCGAUGCAACCCGAGGGUCUGCAUACCCCUUCUACUGGGUAUGGGGAUGAUGGCGCCCCGACUGACUAUAUGCAGCCCCUAGACCCUGAAGCUUUCCCGGAGAUGGAACCUCAGGUACCUGAGCCUGGUUACGAGGGGCUAGAUGAGUAUAGUGAUGCCGAUGAGGAAGCGGGACAAGGAGUGGACCUUAUCUCCCGGGAAGAGUUCGAUGCUGCUCAGGCUGAGGCACCGGCUGGAAGUGGUGCUGCAGCGGCUGGUCCGAGCGCGCCUACUCCUAAUGGCGUGGCAGGAAACACGCUCCAGGCGUCGUUCCCGAGAACUCUACUCGUGGAACCGAAUCGGGUGGCUAUCAUAAAUGCGGUCAGGACGGCCCACAGCCGGGACACUAUUUUGGACUUGCAGCAACUGUCGAGCAUGCAGCGGACGUGGGCGCAUCGGUACGCUGACGCGUUGGCCAGCAUGCCAGAUAUCCACAAUGGGUUCAAGGGGGCCGCGAGUCGAGCUGUGGAGAUCCUUUACUUCGAAACUUCGGAUGUGGACCUGGAGUAUUGGACGCCGCGGGACACCAACAUCACCGCCCUCUGCACGGCUCUAAACAUCACAGAUCCUGAGGGAGUGGCUAACCUGCGCCUUGUCAUGGAGAACGAAACGGCUCGGCCUAGGCACCUUCGAAAGAAGCUUCAGGAUGCGAGGAACAAGACCCUCACCACGGGUCGUGUCUUGCUGUACGAAAGAUUUGACAUUCGCAUCAAACGUCCGGACCGCAACCGGGUCGAGAUCGGAACGCUGUCGCCUGCGGCGUUCUGUGCCUCCUACCCUGCUACCCACCAUCCCCAUGCAGGCAGCCCGGUGCACUGCUGUGGGCGUGGGAUGCAAGGCGGCGUGCCUUUAGUUAAACUCCCCUCCCACCAAUUGAUCCCCACCCAAGUCCCACUGCCUGUGCUCACCAUCACCCUGCAGGCAGCCCGGUGCACUGCUGUGGGCGUGGGAUGCAAGGCGGCGUGCCCUUAG